CUUAUAAGUUCGUCUCGGCUCAUGCAGUUUGACAAGUCUGUACUCGCUAGUGUGUCGGUACGAGAAAGUGCACUUCAGUUAAUGAUUAACGACAUAGCAUUUUAAACCUUGACACUCUUUCUAAUCUGUUACUGAAGCCAUAACAGUGUAUUCAAAUCGACGGGUGUGUUACACGAGACAGUUGAGCGCUAUGGCGGCCCUGCGAGCAGCCAAACAGGCGCUCAGGAAAGAGAUAAAGAAGCGCGUGGCUGCUUUGAGUGACGAGGAGAAACUUCGCCAGUCCCAGGUCGUUUCACAGAAGCUGUUCAAACAUCACAACUACAGAAGCAGCCAUCGUGUCGCUGUGUUUCUGAGCAUGCACGAUGAAGUUCGCACCGAGGCCAUCCUUCAGCACAUGUUCAGCAGCGGCAAGGUCUGUUUCAUCCCCAGGUACCAGAGCGACAGCAACCACAUGGACAUGCUACAGCUGAACAGCAUGGAGGACUUGAACUUGCUGCCCAUCACCAGCUGGAAUAUCCGGCAGCCCGCUGACAAUGACACGCAGAGAGAGGAAGCUCUCGCUACAGGUGGCUUAGACCUGAUCCUGAUGCCUGGACUGGGCUUUGAUAAAAAUGGCAAUCGUUUAGGGCGAGGUAAAGGCUUCUACGACUUGUACCUUCAACGCUGUAUGAGACAUUCUAAAGGCAAACCCUACACCAUUGCACUAGCUUUUAAAGAGCAGCUGUGUGAGCAGAUUCCUGUCGACGACACCGACAUACUUAUUGAUGAAGUUCUCUAUGAGGAUGUUUGAGCAGGGGGAAAAAAGAUCCAUCUCAAAAUUCAUCAAUCCAUCCAUUUUUCUAUACCACUUAUCCUACAUUGGAGCAUAUCCCAGGGAACUUGGGGCACAACCCAGGGAGCAGGGUGCCAACCCAUCACAGGGGACAAUCGCACACGCAUUCACAAACCCAUUGACUCACUACAGACAAUUUGAAAAUGCCAAUCAGCCUACAACGCAUGUCUUUGGACUGGGGGAGGAAACUGGAGUACCUGGAGGAAACCCCCGAAGCACAGGGAGAACUUGCAAGCUCCUGGCACGCAGGGCGGAGGCAGAUUUCGAACCCCCAACCCCUGGAGGUGUGAGGCAGAUGUGCUAAUGUCAAAAUCAAAAGAGUUUACUCAAUAUGAUUCACAGAAAGUUAUAAAGUUCUAAAAAUAAGUGGGUGAAGAAAUUCCAGCUUUUUCCACCACUUAAGUCAAAUGAAAGUGAAACUCCUCUUGAUUAAGAUGGAAUUAUUAACUGAUGAAAUGUUUUAUAUGUUGUGAAGUGUAAAAAUCUACCUCUCAAUCUGAAUCUCAAUAAAAUAAACAAUCCCUUGCAUAAAA